UUUACAUUAUAGUUUAAUUUCCCUUCAUCUAUAUAUAUCUCUCUCUCUCCCUCCUGUUUACAUUAUAGUUUAAUUUCCCUUCAUCUAUAUAUAUCUCUCUCUCUCCCUCCUGUUUAUAUUAUAGUUUAAUUUCCCUUCAUCUAUAUAUAUCUCUCUCUCUCCCUCCUGUUUACAUUAUAGUUUAAUUUCCCUUCAUCUAUCUCUCUCUCUCUCUCUCUCUCUCUCUCUCUCUCUCUCUCUCUCUCUCUCUCUCUCUCUCUCUCUCUCUCUCUCUCUCUCCUGUUUACAUUAUAGCUUUUUUUUCACUUCGUCUGCGCUCUCUCUCUGAUCUAAGAACUGAAGAUAUACAGCCAUUCACUUCCAUCCCCCUCGUCUCUUCUCUCUCUCUCGGCAACCAAACGAACACAUGGAUAUGGCUACACUCACAGUUGUCUUCGGUGUCUUAGGUAACAUCGUAUCUUUCGUGGCAUUCCUUGCUCCAAUACCAACAUUUUACAAGAUUUAUAAAAAUAAAUCAGCAGAAGGGUUUCAAUCACUGCCAUAUCUCAUAGCAUUGCUAAGUUCAAUGUUAUGGAUGUACUAUGCAUUGAUUCAUGAAGGUGUUGUGCUGCUCAUUACUAUUAACUCAUUUGGCUGUGUCAUUGAGACCAUCUACAUUAGUUUGUUUAUCUUUUACGCUCCCAAAAAAUUUAAGAUUCAAACUGUGAAGAUUCUUCUGUUACUGAAUGUUUUCGGUUAUGGGCUAAUGAUUUUAUUGACUACUCUCCUUACUAAAGGAGAGAGACGACGCCUAGUAGUUGGAUUGAUUUGUCUCGCGUUUAAUAUUGGUGUAUUUGCUGCACCUUUUUCUACCAUGAGACAAGUUAUCAAAACUAGGAGCGUAGAGUUCAUGCCAUUUUUGUUAUCAUUUUUCAUCACACUAGGGGCAAUCAUGUGGUUCUUUUAUGGUUUUUUAGCCAAAGACUUUUAUAUAGCUCUUCCAAAUAUAUUGGGAUUUUUUCUUGGCAUUGGUCAAAUGAUACUUUACUUCAUGUACAAGAAUGCCACAAGUGUAAUAGUGGUUCACGAGGAUCAACCAGAACUAGAGCUAGUAUAACUUUAUGGCCAAUCCUUGGAACAAAUAAUGUUAGAUAUAUAUAUAUAAAUAAAUAUUUAUAUAAAUAUACUAGACAUAAAAAUAGGGGUAUUUUAAUUAGAUAAUUUCUGAGAAAGUUUUCAUACUUUUUUUUUUCUUUUAUUUUUCUUUUUUUUUUUGGAAAAAGGUAUAGUUGUUAGGAUCUUACUUAAAAGAUGUGUUUGUUUAUUUUGAAUGGAAAAUUGAAACCACGUCAUUUCACAUUUGCUUUCCAAAUUAUCCCUAUAAAUAUAAUUGUGAAUAGUAGUGUAAAUUUGUGUUUAUAAUUUUUUCUUUUAAUAAAUUAUAUUUUAUGUAUUUUAAUUGUUGAAAUAGACCAUAUUUAAUAUGAUUUGAUUAAAUAAUUAUUGAGAAUACAACUCCCUAUUAUUUAAGAUUAGUUACCGUUAACCUUAAUAAAAAUAAAACUUAGAUGUAAUUUUUUGUAUUGAAAAAAGUGAUGCAAUUCUUUCACUAAAUAAAAAAAAUCAUUAUAAAAAAAAUGUUAAUUCAUCAAAAAUCAAACUAUCUUUCGAAUAGUAUUCUACAUCUCAUGUAUGAUAUGGGCUAUAAUAUAAUACAAAAUUAACCUCACUCAAACUUGUCAAAACCAAAAUAGAA